UUGGCCCUCAGCAACACACCUCCUUCCAUCACACUACGCGGUUGCUAGGCAACAGAACUCUGUGGGGGUUAGCGAUUGGUGGGAGGCCUUUGAAUUAGUGGUGAGAAUACUUGUGUCAGCACACAGUGUUCCGGCCAUCCUGCAGCCUACUACUGCUGUCCAUCAGGACACGGAAGACCCUCAAAUUAGGCAUGAUAAACAUCGUCAAAGUGAGCACAUUUAGUUGUUCUAAAUAGGAGAGCUUGGAGGGAGUAUGAAAGGCAUUGUGGUGCCCAAGUGUUUCUGUGUGGGUGGCUUCCUCCAGCCUCCUUCAGGCUCUUGCUCCUUUUCUGUGCAGCAACAAAUUCACCAAUAUUUCACCAUAUAUUUUACUGCAGGCAAAUGUAUUUAUCAUCCUUUCUUUUUGAGCUUCUUUGAGAUGUUUGCAUGCACACACAUUCAUUCAAUGUUAAUGAGGUGUUUUCAACUUCUGCAUUCCUCAACAUCCCUGGUGAUGGUUUUAUCUCCACUUUAAGCAUCUUCCAAUAUUUCCAACAGUCUAUUGCACAUUGGUUCCCCCCUCAAAGCCCAAGCGUGGUUUCCAGGGAAACUGGAAAUGUGAAGCUUUUCAACAGGCACAGCAGCCACGGUUUAAAGAGCGACGAUUGCCUCAGACAGAUUCUUCUAGAGACAACCCUGUAACCAGCACAGCAGUCAAGAGCAGGGAGAGAACGCCACACAUUUCAGGGGCCAUCAACAUCAAGUUUGGACCAUGUUUGACCUGAAUCUGACAAAGAGACUUGCCGAGGCUUCAUCAGUCUGAUUUGAGCGCUCUGGAAUAUCUCCUACUUUCAAUCAGGGACAAAAUGGGAAGUCUGAAGAAUGAGACGCAAGCUUUUGACAAAGAGGACGGAGAGCAUUCACAUGGUGACACUGUGCUUGAGGAACCCGUCAAGAGCACAAACCAACAAUCAUCAGGUGGAGGGGGCGGUCAGACAGACAUGCUUCAUAAUGCAAGCCAUGCUGAUGAGAAAAGCUUGGUGGAAACAAAAGAUCAAGCUCAAUUAGGGAGGGAUGGUGACCAGACUGAAGCUCUACCCAUGAAUCCUGAGGAUGACAGAUCAACAGCAACUGAGAGGCCCCUCAACUGUGGAAACGAUACAAACAUAUCUGAGGACAAAGUAUUGUUUCCUUUGCCAUCAACUAUGGACCCUUCUGACCCAAAUUCCCCCGCACCUUUUGGGCAGCACCAUAUGCGCACGCAGGUCAGCCUGGAGGUGGUCCAAUGUCACUCAACAGCCACCAGCCCCAUGACUCCACCUGAAGGGGGACAUUCCUUCAUCUUUCCAAGCUCCUUGAUGAGUUCCGGCACUGUGGGAUGCUCUGAUAGUAAAGAUGCGGAACUGCAGGUGGGUAAGCAAGUGGAGUUCUGCUCGGUGGCCACAUCCCCUAUGACUCCAAAGACGCCCUCGACCACAGCUUUCCCAGUACUUACUGGGAGUGCAAAGACAACAAAGAGUUCAGCAGAAGUUCCGUCUGAUAAAAUCAUCAACUCAGAUUCUUUUCCAGAAAGCUCCACCUGUUCUGCUUCUGCUGGGUCACGCUUGGAAGGUAAUAACAAGCUGUGUAAGCCACAACAGAUGGGAAGUAUGGACCAAGACAUUACAAUCCUAGUGACCCACUAUGAUAACACUCGGGGCGAAGAGCAGGAGGAGUCAGCUUGUUAUCCCGUAGAGCCAGAAAUGGUCAAGCUUGAGGAAAGUCAAGAAGAUGACAAAAUCCAAACAAGUGACACAGAAGGAGACCAAACACCUUCAAAGACAAAUGUCAAACUUAACAAAGUGGAGGAGAAAGAUGUGACAAAGCCUCCUGUCCCUGAAUCCCCAGCGCCUGUUGGCUUCCACAACAUUCGCACACAAGUGAGUCUUGAAGUGGUGCAGUGUCACUCAGUGGCCACCAGCCCUAUGACGCCUCCUGAGGGUGAUUAUGCCUUCCAAUUCCCAAGUCCUAGCAUAGCAAAAGACGCAGAGAUGCAAGUGGGCAAACAAGUGGAGUUUCGCUCUGUUGCUACAGCACCAAUGACGCCAAGAACGCCCACCGUCACAACUUUUCCUGAGAUAAGAAAAGAGGCUAGCAUUGGGGAGAACAUUGUGGAGGAGGAGGAGGAGGAAGAAAGGCAAGAAGAAGUUAAGGAAAAGGAGGAAGCAAGUGAGGAGAAAAAGGUGGAAACCACUGAGGAGGACAACAACUGCAAGGAGAAGAGCGAGGAGGUGGUGCAGGAGGUGAGCUGGGACGAGAAGGGCAUGACAUGGGAGGUGUACGGGGCUGUGGUGGAAGUGGCUGUACUGGGCUCGGCCAUCCAGAAACACCUGGAGAAACAGGUGAAGAAACAGAAGAGGCAGCCCUCGUUGCCUCCCCCUCCUCCGCUCAACCCCUCGGCCAUGCCUCUGACCCCCGAGGCCACACAGGGGGGCAGGAGCCGGGCGGCCAAGAGGGGUGAGCGAGAUGACAAGGUGGGCCGGAACAGAAGAAACCCCUUUCGGCAUCUGAUGGAGAACAUGCAACAGCCACAUUGUUGCUCUCGAGCGCACACCACAGAGUGAUUUAUGAUGAGCCAUGUCACAAGGAAAAGGACUACAUGAUGCCUAAGUGUCACAGGGUGUUACACACCCUGUGACACUUGAUUUUUGGGCCGGCUUUAUCCUGUGUCAUUCACAAACCACUGUCACUUAAGUUAAACUUACCCUACAUUGUGUCUGCAGAAUUUCAAAAAACUUGAUGCCAUUGAACCUCAGAAGUCGAACACAAUCUGUUCCGUGAUUCUGGUUGACUUCAAAGUCUAUUUUUCAAUUUAUUUGAUUAACGUAAUGGGGGGUAAAUUAAUUCGGUAUAGGCUCUAACUGGUGCCGUCAAAAAAACCCAAAGUGAAACCAAAGUGAACCAAACUAAACAUGUUCUUUUUAAUUAAAUAAAAUAAACAUCAAGUAAAACUACGAGCUCUUUGAUUGUGUUUGCAGAGAAGAUUCUGGAAAAUGAGCAGGCUACAUAUAAACAUUUCAUUAGCUUUGCGGUUGCUUUGUUUACUUUAUUUUAUUUGAGUUUAUUAAUUAUUUAACAGGGACAAUGUGCAAACAUACUAAUCUUUACAAAAAGAUGAGAUGCGAUUUAGCUACAGCUGCUUUCCAUCUGCAGUCCCUGGGCAGGUAGGUUAAAAAAUAAAAUCAACAAACCGCAAUCAAUAAAAUACACUCAACAUUCCUACAGUACAGUAUAUCCAACCGUAUAGCCAUCUUCAACCAUUCACACAACACCUCAGUCAACAAUUUAAAAUGAAUACAUCACCGUACUUUGCAAAUGACCAUAAGUAUAGUUAAUGUUGACAUUGCUGACUUCCCAGGAAUACUUUUGUACUGGUUAAGUCAUUCAUACCGAAAAUAGAUAGGUUGUGAAAUAGGAAAACACAGCACAGUAUUUGUUGGCAAGCCGGUCAGUUUCAUGCUAGUCCUGAGCCACAAUGCGUGCAGCUACAUACAUCCAUGUUAGCAUCUGCUUUGCAAUACUAAUGCGUGUAAGUAAUGUACCGUAUAUUUAAUUAACUGUAUCGUUCAUAUGUACAGCCAGACACUUGCAUAUGUCACAGUAAGUUCCAUAUCCGGUUCUAUGGGUCACAAUGUUCAUCUUUUCCGAUAGUGGUACCCUUCAGCAGAGUUGGGGAAAUUACUUUUAAAAAGUAAUUAGUUAUAGCUAGGGGUAUUCAGAUGUGAUAUUGAUCCGAAAGCCGAGUGUGACUCAAGGCUGCGAAAUCUGUAUUGUAACAAAAGUUAAAAUGUUUUAUGGGGACACCCCUAGUUAUAGUGACUUAUAGUUGCUUUACCAAAAAAGUAAUUGAAUUACUAAUUAAUUACUCAUUUGUAAAUGGAGUUAAUUACCAUGAAAAGUAAUUACUGCAUUACUUUUUUGACAAACUGCAAAUAUGUCAAAGAAUUGGGAAUUACUGAAAGAUGUUUGAUGAGAUUGGAGUCACUCACAAUAGGACUUAAUGUACACUUCACAUGUAUAUUCUUGCCUUUUACAUCUAUGAUGAAUUACCAGUACUACUACUUUUAACUUGACAGACCUUUCCGGCUCACCAUUGUUGCAUCGAGUUCCCUGAGUGACGUUGGCGAACGAGUCAAAUCUUUUGAAUGGUUCUUUUGAGUGAACAAUGACAAACGUUUCCCCAGUUGCAUAUAAAAACGACUCUGUAUUAUAUUGUAUAUUCUUAUAUAGUCGUCCCUCGCUACACUGCGGUUCGAAGAUGGCUCCCUUGCUCUAUCACUGUUUUUCAAAAAAUGUAUUAAUAAAUAAAUGAUCACUGUUUCGUGGUUGGCUAUGGCCUAUUAUAGGUAAAAACAUAUUGAAAGACAAGUCAUAUGUAGUAUUCUGUUCACUUGGCGUCAGUGUUACAGUCCUACAUGACAUAGUGCAAAAAAGUUCUCCUAUUCUAUUACGCAUUUGCCUUUUUACUUUAUCCUUCUUCCCCACUUAGUGUCAGACUUACUCACGUACUCUUAAUUUUAGAAAAAAUAAAUUGGAGGCUAACCAGUUAGCUCGGUAGAUUCCUAUUGUUAAAGCGGCAGCCCUCUCUUGUGUCCCGUCAGAGAUCCCAUAGCCUGCGCAUAAGCGGUGUGCAAUGUGGUGUAAACAAAACUAGCAGUAUUGUCGGAGUGUACGUCUAUAUACGGCAGAUUAAUGUUAUCAAUCAAGUGACAAAGUUCAUAGUGAGGAUGGAUGAUAGGCUCAUGUCGAUCUUUUUUUAAUGCCAUGCGAUCAACCCACAUUACGUUCGAGAUACUGCAACAACAGGGAACUUUCCCAAUGCUGGGGGUGAGUUAAUGUCUUAUUAUUGCUUAAUAUGACUACAGUAUAAGGGUAUUAUUUAAUGUCUACAGGGCCCCAAUGAUGUUAAAAAACGUUUUUUAGAAGGUCAUAAACAGGUUUUCUAUGCUUUAAGUAUGAAAAUAUUACAUUUAUUAAUAUUGAUUCCUACUUUUCACUUAGCAGUUAACCGCGACAAACGAGGGACGACUGUAUCUACAAAUCAGUUCUCAACGGUACACAUAAAAGAGCCGUUUGAAAGACGUGAUUCGGCCACGAACGUAACAUCUUUAAGAGUGAACUGGCUAGAGGAUAACAGCUGUUCGAUAACAGUGCAAAAUAACAUUUCACUGUCGAUAUCAGCAACUGCGUUGUAACAUUUGAAAUAGUAAAUAAAUACAUGACUCUUUACUGGAGGAAAACAGUAAUGGUGUUGGUAACUCUGCCCUCCAGCGGUAACACUUAAAAAAGCAAAACACAACAAUUAAUUAUGUAGAUGAUGUAUGUGCUGUAGCGCCACAUGAUUUGCUGAUGUGACGCAUGCUUGUUUCAAAUCCAAGUUUUAUUUGCAUUUUUUUCAAGGCCUUUUUGGUUGGAACCCAAAUUUGGAGGUUCCACUCCAUAUUGAUGUCAUUGUUAGCUAUUCUCCUUUAAUGCCCGCCUUCCUACCGUGAUCUUUCAAUUGUCCACUUUUAUCUGCUUUUUUUGUUGAAGCACUUCAGACAUGAGCAUGAAACCAUGGCAACAAGUUCCCCGUCUCCUGGUUGCUAACAAGCUGCAUGGAUGGAGAUGGAUCAGAGAGUCACGGCCCUGAGGUCGAUGAGUAAAAUCAAGAGGUCGUGUCGUGAGGGAUGUGAAAUACAAAUGGAUCUAAAUGUCAGUUCAGGCUUUUGUAUGUGGUCCCGUAUUCUGCUUUUAAACUUGGAACCAUUUUCUGACUUGUUUUGUGGAAAAGUAAAGCACAAAAGCACAAUCAUGAAAGUAUGCCUUCAGCUAUGCGAAUCUUUUGUUAUUCUCACAGCAGCUUUUACCAUUGUUAUUUAGUUGUAAUAAAGUGAAGCAAUUAUCGUAUCUUAAAUGUAGUUUAGUUUCAGAAUUGUCGGUCCUUGAUGUUGUUGUGCAGACAAUUAGAAUCACAUUUACCUUUAAGGAAUUCGUUAAUUUUUUGCACUUUUAAUACAUUCAUUUUGAUGUGACCAAAUCUUUUCAGUGCUACUUGUAAAGAGCUGACGCAGCAUGAAGAUGCAAAAAGUAAACAAAAAGACCUUCAUGCACAACCUCAUGUCAUCCAAUGAGGCAAUGCAAUACACUUUUCUUUUUAUGUUUCAGGGCAGCAUCACUGAAAUUGUGUGCAUUGUGCGUUACUAUUAUGACAUUAUUUUCAUUUCCAAUGAAAAACGAUUUUCAAAUUACUGCUUGACCAUGUAUGGACAAAAAAAUAAAGCAAUGUGCACAAGCCA